CUGUAAUUCCCAGUACCUGAAUAUUGAUAAUUUAUAUUUCAGUUUCCUUUGUUUUUAUUCUAGAAUCUUCUAUAACGUCAUAAUCUGAGAAAUGUAUUGUAAAGUCUGCGGUUCAGUUGACGAGUUCUAUGAUGAGAAUGCUGAUUGUGAACAUGAAGCCACUCCGAAGCACAUGAGUAAUUUAAUACUUGCCAAUUAUAAAAACAACAAAAAGUUUUACGGUGGAAACAGAGAUGGAAUUAUCAUAGUGUGUGAUGCUCAUAUCGAUGUAGUUAAUGGAGUCACUCCUAAUAAUAUAAAUAAAUCUGAUAGCAGAAAAAUUAGAAUCCAAGUGAAACCCAAACAAAAAAUUGUGUUUUCAUUUGAUAUCAGCAACGAUAUGAAAACAGAUAGUAUAAAUUUUGUUGGCGUAAUACUUGGUCACCCCCAGCAACAAUUUCAAAUGAAUGAUCAUCCUUAUAUAUUUGGUGGAGAAUCGUAUCGUAUGGAAAAAAAAACAACUCUUCAGGGAAAAGUUAUCGUUACAUUUGAAACAGUAGAUAUCGGCCAUUAUGAGAUGCCAAUAAUAUUUACUUUCCAGAAGGAAUCAGAAAACAAACAAAAAGUUUUGAUUGUUGUUCGGGAAUUGUUGGUGACAGUACUGGAUAAUCCAUCGGAACGUCAAUAUCAAAAAAGUCAUUAUACAAGUGAGGUUUGGGGCAAGGCUGAUCACUACAUUAUCUCACCAACACAUGUGAAUAAUCAAACAGCAUAUAAAGUACCGAAAUCAUUGAAGAUACUGUUACCGCAUGGCCUUGAGGAAAAUGCUUUGGAAAAUAUAAAAGCACCACCAGAUCAAUUGAAACUGCUGCGGCAAGUCUUAGUAGAUACAAGAUCUAUAUUUGAGGAAGGUAUAACACCCAAAAAUUAUAUGCUGUAUUUUCGUCAUUUACUGUGGUGGGAAGAGAUUAUUGCCCGAAUUAAUCUUAAGAAAUUCAAUAUGGCUAAAGUCAAAUUGACUAAACAAGACAACGAAAAUGGAUACCUACUAGAAGUGGAAGGUUUAGCUGAAAAACGUCCAUCUGUAUUACGCGGUGAUAAAGUUUUAAUCCGCCCUAGUGAGAGUCCUGGUAUAGUGUAUGAGAGCUUCGUUAAGAACAUUAUGGAUUGUCAGAUACAAUUAACAGAAUUCGAUGAGAGUUUCAACGACCUCUACAAUGAAGACACUUUGUACGAUGUGCACUUCCUCAUGUCUCGUGUUCCAUUGGAACGUAUGCAUGAUGCUGUCUCUAAGUUGUUCACCAGCAAACAGAAUAGCCGAGUGUUCCCAGUACCGAGCAAGAAACAAGUGGCGCUUAAGAUGAUUCCAAGAUUUUACAAUAAAUUAAUAAGAGACAACGAAGAACAGAGGUCAGCAGUGCAGCACAUUGUAUCAGGGACUUCGGGUCGAGCUCCUUACAUGGUGUUCGGGCCGCCGGGAACUGGCAAAACGAUGACUAUUGUAGAAGCCAUUUUACAGUUAGUGGUGAUGAAUCCAAAAAACCGAAUCAUGGUUUGUACAGACUCGAAUAUGGCUGCUGAUCAUAUAGCUGAGAUGCUGUUGAAGUAUAACGAGAAAUUAAACAUAAACAACUUUAUUUUACGCGCCAAUUCUCAAACAAGGGAAUGGACUGUAAUGCCGCCGGUUCUGAGAUCAGUAUCGAACGGAAGCAAUUUUGAGAAUUUUUACUCUGUGAGCAACGUCGCCAUGGCCACAUACAGGAUCGUGGUGACUACGCUCUCCCAUGCAGCUAAAUAUGCCAUGCCAAGAAGUCAAGCGGCACAUAAACUGCAAAUGUCGCAUUUGUUCAUCGAUGAGGCAGCGCAGGCUUCAGAACCGGCUACUUUGAUUCCUAUAUGUGGCCUGUUGUCGCCCAGUGGACGCUUGAUCCUGGCCGGGGACCCGAAGCAGUUAGGACCCGUGUGCAUUUGCCAUUCAGCGAGAUUGCGAGGACUAGGUACAUCCCUGAUGGAACGAUUGAAAGUUAGCUAUGAGAGCAUUUAUGACAACAAUUCAAACUUUAUAACUAUGCUUGUCAAAAACUUCCGUUCGGACCCUGACAUAUUGCAAAUUCCAAACAAUUUGUUUUACGACGAUAACCUACAGGCACUUGCAAAACCUGAUCCUCUGAGCAAAGUUAGCAUACUGGGACUUUCUGGAGGCAAGAGAGCUAUCGUCUUUCACGCUGUUGCUUCUCAGGAGCUAAGAGUUGGAAAAGCGCCUAGUUACUUCAAUGAAAUGGAAUUGCAUAUGCUCAAGAGAUAUGUAAAAGCUCUUAUCGACGUUCACAAGGUGUCGCCCACUGAUAUUGGGAUUAUUGCCCCAUAUAUAAGACAGGUCUAUAAGAUGAGAAGUUGGUUGGACUCCGAGAACUACAACAACGUGGAAGUGGGCACUGUUGCGGCAUUCCAAGGUAAAGAGAAGAGAGUCAUAUUGGUAUCCACUGUGAGAGCCAACUCAAAACUGUUGGAUUAUGAUGCUAAGUACAGUCUCGGAUUCUUAGUAGAUGAUAAGAGAUUCAAUGUAACACUGACAAGAGCGAAAGCGAAGAUAAUAAUAAUAGGCAAUCCAGCUUGUUUGGAAAGAGACUGUAAGUGGCGGAUCUACAUGGAUUUAUGCAAAAAGUAUGACUGUUACCACGGCAUGGAAACGAAACAAAUACCCCGAGACGUUCUACUUCAUUUGGAUAUACAGAAGAGACUUAAAAAGACUCGCAUCACGGAAGAUAUAGAAAAUAAACUAAAAGCUAACUCUGCGGAGAAGUGACGAAACUAAUUUAUUUUUUAAACAUUAUCCUUUGAAUGAUUAAUGAUACCUCCCAUAAUGAAUUGUAAGUAAUUAAGGCAGGUAUUAAAUUUAUAUAUAAUUUAUCAGAUUUAGAGAUUAUUAUGGUGCUAAAUCACCAUAAUCACUUGUAUUCUAUAAUUUAACAUUUGUAUUCAUUUAUUAGUAUUAAGUAUUCCAUUAAUAAUAAGUUUUAACCUUUAUAGAGAUUUAGUGUGCAUAUAUAUAGGUCUUUAAUACCAAAGUAUACAAUACGUGGCGAAUGAACGCAAUUUCUUUUUUAUGUCAAUUAAAAAAAGGUUUUUAUAACUUGUGAUAUAAAUAUAAUUAGAGAAUAUAUAACCUGUCAGUUACAUUCAGAAAUUUAAAAAAUUGUGGCAAUAGGAAAAGCACAUUUGUUUUAUCGUUAUUUUAGCUUAUACGAAAUUUUAUUUGUGUCUAUAAUAUAUGUAUAAGAAUAUGCCAUUACAGGAGAUACUGCAACUUACCUAGAUUCAGGAAUUUCUUUUUGCGCUAUAUAUAAAUAUAUGUGAUAUACAUUUUCGUGAAGGACAAGACAUGAAAAAAUUAGGAAAGUAAAGGAAAAUAUUUUGUUUUUUUUUAUUUUUGUUUUUAUUCUAUCGUCUAUUCCGUAAAUUGUUUGUACUCAUUUGAAUAUCCAGUCAAUGCCGCAAUUGGAUACAGUAAUUAGACAGUUGUAUUUUGUUG